CCUCCACAUUUAUGCUUAUGUACACUCUUCAUCCUCUAAGAUCCUGCUUCAUGUCCCAUGCCAAACGCGCCCCCUGGCGGUUGUUUUGGGUCUUACAGGCAGGCGGAAGCGCGCUCCCGCCACCACGUCAGAAGCGAGCCUACUGGUGCUGAGGCUGACGAGGAGUUGGAUGAGGAUGAUGAUGAUGAUGAUGAUGAUGAUGGCGGUAAUACACGAGCAAGGCUGAGAUCCCUCACCUUCUUCUCUCUUCCCCUUUUUUUUACCCCUCCCCGUCCAUUCCACGUCGGACCGCCUGCAUCUCGUUUCAAGACAGCGACGUGAAAGCCAAAGAAGAAGAAGAAGGAGAAGAAGAAGGGAGGAUUCCCCGCCCUCCUGUCUUGUGAGCCGCGAUGGGGAACGAAGCGAGCAUGGAGGGCGGCGGGCAGCCGGGAGAGGCCGGGAUGAUGGGCUCCGUGCUGCCCGGAGGACACCCGGCCAGCGCGGGGCAGCCACACAUGAAGCCCGCCAACGGCUCCGCGGCCGGCGGAGGGAUGGGAGUCGGAGGCCCCGUGAUGGGGAUGACGCGGGCUCCAAUGGGUCAGAUGGUUAGCCCCAAGCUUGGCAUGCAGCAAGGAGGGAUGGCAACCAUCGGAGGCAUGGGUGGCGGGAUGGGCGGAAACAUGGGAGGCGGAAUCGGAGGCGGAAUGGGAGGUGGCAUGGGAGUAGGAAUGGGAGGCGGAGGAGGAAUGGCCACAGGGGGAGGAAUAGGCUCUCGAAGCGGCGAGCCCUAUCGUCUGGCCGCCCAUGACACACCGACCUCCCCCCGCCACAUGCAGUCAAGUCAGGUCUCCGGCACGGGACAGAGCUCUGGCCAUGGGAUGAGUCAUGGACUGCCCGGAUCCAACAUGGGAACCCAUACUGGGCUGAGUCCCGGGCAACACGCCUCCCGUCGAAACCUCCAAGUCGACUUCAACAGUUCAGGCGGCGCCAGAACAGGCCGCUCCCCCUCUGUGUCGCCGGACCGCGGAAUGACGCCCACCUCUCCGUACUCGGUGCCACAAAUCGCGCCCAUGCCAAGGAGCAAACUGUGUCCGGUGUGCACCAGCACGGAGCUCUCCAACCCACCAGCUGUGCCCAACUACAACAUCUGCACCCAGUGUAAGGCCACCGUGUGCAACCAGUGUGGGUUCAACCCUAACCCACACCUCACCGAGGUCCAGGAAUGGCUGUGUCUCAACUGUCAGAUGCAGAGAGCUCUUGGCAUUGAUAUGACCACGCCUCGUUCCAAGAGCCAGCAACAGAUCCACUCUCCGUCCCACCAAGCAAAACCUAUCGUCCAGCCUCAGCAGGCUGCACCUCAGCCAACACAGCCGACGACCGCAGCACAACCUAAACCUUUGGCCCAAAGCCAGCCCACCCAGCAGCAGCAGCAACAACAACCGCAGUCUCAAAUCUAUGGCCAGAAUCAACCCUACUCCCAAUCCCAGCCAUAUUCCCAGGCGCAGACAUACCCCCAGUCACAGCCAUAUACCCAGGCCCAGACAUACCCCCAGUCCCAGCAGUAUCCCCAAUCCCAGCAAUAUCCCCAGGCACAGGAGCAAUCACAGUCCCAGCAAUAUCCCCAGUCUCAGCAGUAUCCCCAGUCUCAACAGUACCCACAGUCUCAGCAGUAUCCACAGUCUCAACAGUACCCCCAGUCUCAGCAACCUCCCCAGUCCCAGCAGCAUCCCCAGUCCCAGCAGCAUCCCCAGUCCAAGCAGCAUCCCCAGUCUCAGCAGCAUCCCCAGUCUCAGCAGCAUCCCCAGUCCCAGCAAUACCCCCAAUCUCAACAGUACCCCCAGUCCCAGCAGUAUCCCCAAUCACAACAGUACACUCAGUCUCAGCAGUAUCCCCAGGCUCAGCAACAGCCUUACUCGCAGUCCCAAUCUGGACCCCAGGCUCAGCAGCAGCCUUAUACACAGUCCCAGUCUGGACCCCAGGCUCAGCAGCAGCCUUACUCACAGUCCCAAUCUGGACCCCAGGCUCAGCAGCAGUCUUAUACACAGUCCCGGUCUGGACACCAGGCUCAGCAAGAGCCUUAUACACAGUCCCAGUCUGGACCCCAGGCUCAGCAGCAGCCUUACACACAGUCCCAGUCUGGACCCCAGGCUCAGCAGCAGCCUUACACACAGUCCCAGUCUGGACCCCAGGCUCAGCAGCAGGCUUACACACAGUCUCAGUCUGGACCCCAGGAUCAGCAGCAGCCUUUCUUACAUUCGGGGUCUGGACCCCAGGCCCCGCAAAAUCCUUACUCAACAUCACAGUUUGGGCCCCAGGGUCAGCAGCAGCAACAACAGCAGCCUUAUCCUCAGUCUCAGUCAGGACCCCAGAGUCAGCAAUAUCCCCAUACCCAGCAGUAUCCCCAGGCUCAGCAGCAGCCUUAUUCACAGUCCCAGUCAGGGCCCCAAACUCAGCCUCAUAGUUCCCAAGGCUUACAGAGUCACUCAUCUUCUGGUGGCCCCCAGAGUCAGAAAGGUCCUUCCCAUCAAGGUAUGAGGGGUCUAGGAACAGGUGGAGGUUCUGCAGGCCCCAACCAACCUGGUGGUCCAAGGAUUCCCCAUCCUGGUGCUGUACCCCUCCCAGGCAUGACUAAAGCACCGUCCCAACCAGAUUUGGGUCGUGGCUCGCCCAUGCACCAGUCCAUGGCACGGCACCAUGACCACACCCGAAGUGCCGGCUCCUCUCCAGCUCACAAGCCCCAGAGUCAGGCCCAUCCUCCAGCCCAGGACGGACUGACCAAGCUUUUUGGCUUUGGGGCGUCCUUGCUCAAUCAGGCGAGUACAUUGAUCAAUGUCGACCCUUUGACCACCUCUUCUACCCAUCCCAGUCCUGCGCGAGGCAAAGUGGUGUUCAGUAAUGCAACCCCUGAAAACAAGCAGCAACAACAAGGGGCCUCGGGUACCAAACCAUUUGGGAUGGGGGCUUCUCAUGGACCAACUCAAAUGAGUGGCGCACAUCCGUCAAAUCAAAUGGGUGGCCCUCAAGGACCAAACCAAAUAGCUGGACUCCAUGCACCGAGCCAAACGAUAGGAGGUCAGGCAGUGGGUCUGCACGCACCAAAGCAACAGACUCUGCCACACCAGCAAGAAAAACCCGCCUUUCAUCAAAAAGAUCCACAGCAACUUCAAGGGCAGCAUCUUCAGCAAACGCCAUCGCACGUGCAGAAGGUGGAACCUAAGCAGGAGCCUGUGAACACUCCCAUGGCAGAUCCGGUGCCGGUGAAGCCCAAAGUGAACUGCCCUCUUUGUAAAACAGAGCUCAACAUCGGCAGCUCGGACCCGCCGAACUACAAUUCCUGUACACAGUGCCACACUCAGGUGUGCAACCUGUGCGGCUUCAACCCGACGCCACACCUGGUGGAGAAAAAGGAAUGGCUAUGUCUCAACUGCCAAACCCAGCGGUUAAUGUCUGGAGCUGGUCUUGAUGAGCCCCCUCUCCCCAUUCCACACCCAUCUCCCAAGCAUCAGCCCUCUGGUUCACCUCGCCACCAGGCUUCAACCAGCCAACAAAGCCCUCUCCACAAAGCCACCAAUCAGCACGGGUCAAAGCCAGCCCAGUCCCAGAUGCAGAAACCGCAGGCGGGAACUGGCGGGAGUGAUUCUCUUGGGCCCAAUGCUACCAAACAGCCAACAGAUACCAAGACUACAAUGCCAGCUACAUUAGCUGGACCAACAAACGACACCCAAAAGAAGACAAAAACCGUGGAUGGAAAGCCACAGAUGGAGCCCGAUACCCAAAUUGGCAAAGAGAGUAAACCUGCUCUGAAGAAAGGAGAGCAGAUCACGCCAAUCAAGGAAAUUAGGAAGUCAAGGCAUUACGAUGAUACAAAAAAUAACAGCACACAUGACUUGUCACGUAGCCCUCAAAGCCUCAGUGAUACCGGCUACUCCUCUGACGGCAUCUCCAGCUCCCACAGCGAAAUCACUGGUCUAAUUCAAGAGGAAGAGAUGAAACUGAGUGAGAGGGGAAUCAGCGAGCGGGGCUCCCCACCAAGCCCGUCUGAAAUCACAAAGCUGGAAAGCUCCAUGAGGCCCUUGCUGGAAAAAAGCCUCUCCGAAGAGAAAGCAGACAGAAGGGGAAGGAAGCACAGGGAUAGAGACUUGGAUGACAGAGGGAAGCAACGCCCACGUUCACUGUCAAUCCCACCUGAUGCGUAUGACUCAGACGAGGAACUUGAGGACAUAUUGGAAGAAGAGGAGGAUGGGGGAGAUUGGGACAACAAACGGAAGGAAGGGAAGGACGAGAAGAAGGAAAAGAAAAAGAAGGAAAAGGACAUGGAGCCCACUGAGAUGACGGAUGAAGAGUUCAUGAGGAGACAGAUUAUGGAGAUGAGUGCUGAUGAAGAAAAUGAUGAGGAGGAAGACGAUGAUGAGGAAGACGAAGGAUAUGGCUACGAGAGAAAGAAAAGCCAUCAUAAGCACACUAUAUCAGACAAUGCAAAAGAGAAGCGACGCUUACAGCAUCACUCCAGCAGUUUCGAGGAGGAAACAAAAAGCUCUGCUGAUGUAUACAAGAGCUCAGUGGAAGAGGGUGAGGAAGACUUGAUGGCUUCACAGGGUGGUCUGAGACGCUUUAAAACUAUUGAACUAAAUAACACAAAUAGCUACAGUCGAGACAUGGAGCUCAGCAGUGAAAACGACUUGAGCCUUGAUCGAGAACCUGAACUAGAAAUGGAAAGUUUGACUGGCUCCCCAGAAGAGCGCUCUCGGGGUGACUACUCUUCCACUCUGCCUCCAACUUCAUCCUCGUAUGGCUCAGGACAGUCUCCUACAUCCAUCUCAUCAAUGGAGGAAGAUAGUGACAGUAGCCCCAGCAGGAGACAAAGGCUGGAAGAAGCCAAGCAACAAAGAAAAGCAAGGCAUCGAUCCCAUGGUCCUCUCCUUCCUACGAUUGAAGACUCAUCAGAAGAGGAUGAACUGAGAGAGGAAGAGGAACUUCUAAGAGAACAGGAGAAGAUGAGAGAGGUGGAACAACAAAGAAUUAGGAGCACAGCACGCAAGACGAAGCGGGAUAAAGAGGAGCUGCGUGCUCAAAGGCGUAGAGAGAGGUCUAAGACACCACCUAGUAACCUUUCACCUAUUGAAGAUGCUUCUCCAACAGAGGAGCUGAGGCAAGCUGCAGAAAUGGAAGAACUUCAUCGCUCUUCUGCCUCUGAAUACUCGCCUCAGAGCUUGGAUUCAGAAGCUGAGGGAUACGAGUCGAAACUUUACAAGUCAGGUAGUGAGUACAACCUUCCAAAUUUCAUGUCUCUUUAUUCACCGAUCGAGAAAUCUUCAACCACAAUGACAAUAGCGCCAUCAUCGACUUCUAAACCAUUAAAGAGUGCCGAGGAGGUUUAUGAGGAGAUGAUGAGGAAAGCAGAGCUACUUCAAAAUCAACAGAAACAACAGCAGCAGCAGCAAGUCAGACAUGGCCAGUACUAUGAAGAAGACAUUAAUGGAGAAGGUUAUGAUGACGAGGAUGAGUAUGAACAAGAUCAAACAGAAUAUGAUAAUGAAGCAGCCGAGACAGAAACUGAUAUUUAUAAAGAGAUUCGGCAAACCUCUCAGAACAUCACAAAGAUGCAGCAGGCCACUGAUGAACAAGUAGAGCUUGAGAUUGAGAGCUCAUACCAAAACAAACAAUUUCUUGACACAGGCUCAGCCUUUGCCAAGCUACUUGAGCAAAGCAAUGCCCUCCUGACUCCAGGAACUAGUCCCACCCAGAUCGCUGCUCCUGUUUCCUUUGCUGAAACUGGAGGACGCAUCCCGGACGUUCAAGUAACGCAGCACUUUGCUACAAAGGAUAGCCACAAAGACAGAUUUAAAAGCCAAACUGGUAAAAAUGGGAUCACACCAACAGCAGCUGCGACUACAAUUGCAGCUUAUGGAGUCUAUGCUAGAGAUGCUACAACUAUUUCUCAAACUAGUACCAGCCACACUAUAACGUCAACCCAAUCUGCUAUGUAUGGCCGACACACAGGGAGUCCUGCCACAUCUUCAGCUACAGUCUCAAGUGUGUGCAGCAAGAUUGCAGAGAUUACCCAAGCCUACAGUCAAAGAGAAGUCAUUACCAAAAGAGUAGGGGACACACGCGGUGUCCAAGUUCGAGAAAGCUCAACAUCUGCUACAGAGAGAAAUAUUGAGCCACGCUCUCCUAAGUAUACAACUUAUUACAGGAGUACCAGCCCUCCUCUUUCUCCAUCUCCACCGCCACAAAGUCCGACCCGUUCCCCGUCCAGGAGGGCUACAGCUGAGUUCUCCACGCAAACUUUCAAUUCAGCACUACGAAUGGAGUCUGGAAGUGCUGGGCCUACAUCUCCAGUGAUGGCUCAGGGAACCCAAACAUCACAUAGAUCUGUUUCUCCGCGGCUCUACCGGCAGCAAUCUUCUCAAGAUGCACCAUACUCACCGCCUGCAAGUUCAGCUCGGCCAAUGACGGUCAACACGGCUACAUCUCCUCUGUCUUCACCCACACGUUUUAGCCGUCAAUCAACAUUUGAGUCUUAUUCACCCUGUGGUAGUCCUCCAGAUACACCACCUUACCAACAUUCUCCUACACGCAGCUUCUACAGAACCCAAAGAAUAGAAAAAGUCAAUGUUGGAACAAGUAUGGUUACCACAGGCAGUAUUUAUACGAGAGGAUCUGUUUCUAUGGAUAAUAUCUCUCUAUGCCGAAUAUCUACAGUCCCUGGCACUUCUAGGGUAGAGCAGGGCCAUAUGAUCCAAGGUGGAAGUGUUGUGGACCUGAGAACAGUUGCCAAAUCAACUCCAAUCAUCAUGACCGAUCAAGGAAUGGAUCUCACCUCUCUAGCCACUGAAUGUAGAAAAUACCAUGGUGGUUCAGAGGGGAGCCGACAUUCCACAAUUGUACAGCCCCUGAUUAUGAACCUUAAUGCCCAGGAGAGCAUCACGCCAACCACCGUGAGUGUAACAGUGGCAGCAUCCAUGUUCAUGAGCCAACCCAAACAGCCAAUGGUCUAUGGCGAUCCCUAUCUAAAUCGUGUGGAUUUAGGUCAGGGCAUAGGUUCAGCUGUGUGUUUUUCCCAAAACAAACCUCCAUUAUCACCGCCAACUGACCCAUCAAUACCAAAAAUUGAUGCAAAACUUGAAGAUCUUAGUUUUCAACAGAAAGAACUCCAAAAACAACAAGAGAAGUUGCAGAUGCAACAAGAGUUUCUUGAGCAGCAGUUGCAGCAGCAUCACCAGAUGCAACAUCAACCGCAACAGGUGUCGGUUUUAGCAAGAUAUAACCUUUCUGGUCAGGUCUCACCCUUGCUGAAAAAAGACUUGCUGGUGAGCCAGACGAGCAACGCAUCAGCUGUUGUCAGUGCUGUAUCGCCAGUCAUCAACCCUGAUUUGUAUGGAACUGGGCCCAUAGAGCUUAAAGGCAAGCCCAGUCCUCCUGGUGUGAUUACAGGAGGGAGAUCGCCACAUAGUAUGGUAGUGCAGAUAGAUACAGGGCCAGAACAGGCCAGGGCAGUGACUCAGCUUAUUAAAGUGGAAGAAGGGCAGGAUGCUGUAGAUCUCACAGGAGGCCAGAUUAAACCUGACCAACCAGCUUGCUGUGAUGUUUACCGACUUCCAUUUGGUGGAAGCUGUGUUGGUGGUUCUGAGAAAGAGGGCAUACGGCCUCCUUCCGCACCACCUCUGUCCUACGAUUCUGACCAAGAAAGACAACCUUUAAGGUACCAUGAGUAUCCAUUGGAUGGCCGCAAGUCUUACACAUUGCCUUAUCCUGGUAGGCUGCAACCUUCAAUGUCUGAUACAAAUCUAGCUGAGGCGGGGCUACAAACCUACCAUUCUAAGAUAGAACCACAUCUUCAAGGAUCAGGAGACCUUGCAAUGGAUGUAAAUGUGGUAAAGCAUGGCUAUGGAGGAUAUAUUGGAAUGCAAUAUGGCUCCUACACAGAUUUGCGACAUGGAGGAGAAAUUUCUGCACCUACAUUGCCAAUACGCAGAUAUAAUUCCCUGUCGAACAUCAAUUCUGACUAUGGCUACUCUGCUCGUGAUAUUGCCAAUUUUCAGGAAGCUAAUUUGGCUCAGUAUAGUGCCACAACUGCCAGAGAGAUCAGCCGAAUGUGUGCUGCACUUAAUUCCAUUGAUCGGUAUGGAAGUAAUCCAGACUUGAUGCAGUUUGGCAGUUUGGGAAGAGGAACCAUAACACAAACUUCAAGAUUGUCAGCUGGUCUUGGCUUAAGACAAAAUCUGAUGUUUGGAUUGGAUGGAAAGCCAUUAUCCCACAACCAAGCACUUACCAACCUCAUCAAUGCCAGACAGGCCAGUCUCAGAGCGUUGUACCCAGCUGCCAUUAGGUCCUCUGAUGGGAUGAUCUACUCCACUAUCCAGACACCUAUUGCCUCUACCUUACCCAUUACAAGCCAGCCUGCUUCUGUUCUUCGCCCACUACUCAGAGGGGUUUACAGGCCUUAUCCAUCUCCCAACAUGACAGCUGUGCCCCUCUCUAGUCUGACCAGAUUACCAAUGAGUCCUAGAAUGUCUUUAUCUGGACAAACUCCAAUCCGUUACCCUGGACCAGGUCUUCUCCAAAUGACAACCACUGCCACUAUAGCUGCUGCAAUAACAACCUCAACACCAGCGAGUGCCCCAGUACCUGUUCCUAUGACAGCUGCGCCCUCAACAGUCCAAGAUGAACCAGUUUACCUUGGUAAGGGUGCUAAUGUAACCUCUUCCUCAGCGGAGGUCACCUCAGUGCCAGGAGUACAUGCGAUCCCAACUGACCCACAGCCGCAACCGUUAAACAUGUCCCAAGCCCACCUGAACAGUCAACAACAGCAAAAAGCAACAACCUCUCAGAGUUAUAAAUCAGUAAGCCCUCCUGCUUCAAGUGAUUUACCAGUUCAAGGAGGACUACCGCCUUUCCCCCCACCAGGUGCUAUCCACAAAGAGGGUGAAACUGAAACAGAAAGGUUACAUCGACAGCAGGAGCAGCUCCUGCAGAUGGAGAGGGAGCGUGUAGAGCUGGAGAAACUCCGGCAAUUGCGCCUACAGGAAGAGUUGGAACGGGAAAGGAUGGAGCUGAAAUUUCACCGGGAGAAGGAGCAGAUUCUCGUGCAGCGAGAAUUGCAUGAGCUGCAGAACAUCAAAGAACAGAACAAGCAGUUGAAAAUCUUUCAAGUUUACUCUGUUCAACAGGUACUACAACAGCAGCAACAAGAACGAGAGAAUCAGCUUGUGGUCCAGAGGGAGCAGCUUGCUCAACAGAAGUCCCAGCUAGACCAGAUCCAGUCCUUGCAGCAACAGCUCCAGCAGCAGCUUGAAGAACAGAAGCGGCAGAAAACUGCUGCAGUCCAGAACAUACAGAUGGAUGUGAACGGGCAUCCUUACACUGACCCUCAAAUUGGAUCCCGUUCCCUGCCAAACUCCUCCUCAGAGAUGUGUCUGAGAAUUCAUGAUGAGCAUGUUGAGACCAGAAGCAACAUUAGGAAACAUAGCUCCAUGACCAGGCUGAGCAGAGAUAGCUUGGACGGAGAAGGCGUAGCCUUCCAUGUCUCCCCACGCAGGAAUGUGGACAGUUGCGUGCAAACAGAUGAUGAAGAUGGGGAGGAGAGGUACAUGAUGCGUCAUCGAACAAGGAGGCGUGGUCGUAGCGUAGACUGCUCAGUUCAGACAGAUGACGAUGAGGACAAAGCUGAAACUGAACAGCCAGUGCGCCGACGACGUUCUCGCUAUUCUCGACAUUCUGAAUCCAGCGCCACUGGCAGUGGUACUGGCACAUCCACGGCAGGCACCGAUUCCAAAACCAAUGCACCCAAGAUGGUAUCCUCCAGUAUAGCCGUCCAAACCAUGAGAGAAAUGUCUUGCCAGACCGAAGUAGAACACCUUGGCAGGGUCUCCCCUGCAAUCCAUGUGACAUUACCAGACCCAAAUAAAGUAGAAAUUGUGCAUUACAUAUCAGGACCUGAAAGAACCAAAAAGGGACAGUCAUUAGCAUGCCAGACUGAACCAGAAGCUCAGUCCCAAGGUGUUGUCACUCCCCAGCUCAGCAUACCAACCACAGUAAGCCCAUAUUCUUCCUCCAACAGCUGCGGAACCCAGCAACCCGCUUCUGCUGACAUUUCCAUACAGCAGCGCCAGCAGCAGCAUAUCACAGCAAGUGCAGCAAAGUUUGAGCGCCGGCGUCCUGACCCACUUGAUAUUAACUACCAGCCUCACAACCACCUACACAAUGAGUCUAUCUCCAGCAUCAUCCGACAGCAGCAGACAAUUCCUAAAUCUCCGCAGGUCCUCUACUCUCCUGUCUCUCCGGUGUCCCCGCAUCGCUUGUUGGAGAAUUCUCUAUCCAGUGAAAGGCUGAACAAGGCUCAUGUAACACCGCAGCAGAAGUCAUACACUGCUGAGUCACCGCAGCGACAUCCAUCUGUGCCCAGACCAAUGAAGAACACGCAAAGGUCUAUGUCAGACCCUAAAUCUCUUAGUCCCACUGCCGAUGAGCACACCAAGGCUAGGCUGUCCCUGUAUCAACAACAAGCCCUCCAGAACCAGCUGGCAGCCCUUCAGCAGAGCUCGCUGCUCCGUAAGGUAAAGAGAACCCUGCCAAGUCCUCCUCCAGAAGAAACAUCAGUUCAUCUGCCCAUGAUGACGCCUGCCCUCCAACAGGUCUACCUGCCAUCCGUGCCCAGCCUCAAGCCCAGCUCCAGGUCUGGCCUAGCCGCCAAAGCCAGCCUUCUCAAAGACCUCACCCAUGAGCUUAAGGCUGUAGAGCAAGAAUCAACCAAACUGAGAAAACAGCAAGCUGAACUGGAGGAAGAGGAGAAAGAGAUUGAUGCUAAGCUGAGAUACCUUGAGUUGGGUAUCCACCAAAGGAAAGAGACACUGGUCAAGGAGAGGGAGAGAAGGGAUAUUGCUUAUUUGCGGUGUAUGGGUGACACUCGGGACUAUAUGUCUGAUAGUGAAUUAAAUAACCUUCGUUUAGCAGCAGCAGCUGCAUCACAUGAGGCCAAUGGACUGCUAACAAGACCAAGUACUGCUCCGAUGAGCCAGUUUAGCAACGAUCUGAACACAGCAGCGCAGUUCCCACCAACAUCAUCUUUCCUCUCCUCUCAAUACCCCCAGAGCCAACCAGCAGCCCCCACUCAAUCAAGUUUGCCAUACCAAGCUUCAACAUUUAACCAGCCUCCAUAUCCAACGGUGUCUCAGUCCCAGGCACUGCCACAGCCAACUCCCCUCCAAAGCCAUGUUCACCCUUCAGGACCAUCAUACCAAUCUCAAACAUACUCUUCCCACACCUAUCCCCAAACUCAACCCCCAUACCCUCAAACAGACAUAGGCUUGCCAACCGCACCGCAACCUCAGCCCCAACCAGGGCACACAGGUUUUGGACCUGCACCACCUGGUCAGCCCCCAUACCCCACCCACAGCUCACCUUAUCCAAGUGCUGUGUCCUCUUACCCCAGCCAGAGUACCCCUUACCCUGGGCAACCCCAAACAGAUAUUUUGACAGUGCAUCAAGGAAGGCCCAGGCAGACGUCACUGGCUGAUUUGGAACAUAAAAUGCCCACUAAUUACGAGACAAUCAGCAAUCCUACAGUUGUGGUUACCACCACGGCACAAGACAGUACUUAUUCCAGUUCAGCCCCCUCAUAUGGUCAGUACAGUGGUACUACAACCAUGGCCAGCUAUGGAACCUAUGGCUCAGCACCAGUGUCCAGCAGUUAUGGUGGGUUUCCUACAGUGCCACCUAGUACUUAUGGACAGUAUACUUCAACCCCAGUUAGUUCUUAUGGGCCAUAUACCACAACCACUGCUAAUGCAUAUUCCUACACAACAACAACAGCCAGCUCUUAUGGACAGUUUACAGCAACAGUUUCCAAUGCUUAUGGACAUACUGUGGAUAGUCCAUCAACCUACAGUACAGCAGAAGGGAUGUAUGGGGCACCUGGCUUAGAACAAAACAUCCCAAGGAACUACAUGAUGAUUGAUGAUGUAAGUGAGCUGACGGCAAAAAACGGGCUGGGCACGACAACAGUGGACAUGAUGCAUCAUGGCGGCACGGGCCGUUAUCCUGGCGACACCCACGUCCACAGCAGCACCAUUGGCAGCACGACGCGUGGGGGAACUGGCAGCUCCAUGUACGGCAGGGCACCUGAGGAGGAAGCAGCGAUGCAGGAAGAAUUGUACGACCACCAUGGCAGGGGUAAGAGCAGCUACAGGCACGGACCUCUAGGGGGCAGCAGCAGCGUGAGCACUAGCUUGGGUGGGGGAUCCUCCUAUUACUAUGACUACGAAGACAAACACGGCAGCUUCCGAUCUGGGGUGCAAAAAUCUUCAUCCCCAAGAAGCCUUCUGGCUCCUGCUGUCAUGUCUACCAAACGCAGCAAGCACAGAAAACUGGGCAGUAUGGAGCAGAAAAUCUCCAAAUUCUCCCCCAUAGAGGAGGCUCGGGACGUGGAAGCAGAUCUGGCCUCCUAUUCUUCAUCAGCUGGUGGGGGUUACACCUCAGCCCACAUUCGAGGACGUCAGCUGAUAGAGGACUACGGCUUCAAGAAGAAUACUUAUGACACCGGAAGUGGCACCACACAUAGUAGUCGACACUAUGGCUCAUUGGGAGAGGAGGAUGAUCGUAUUUACUACACUUCCACCGGCCGCUCCCGCUCUACCGGCUAUGGCAUGGACAAGAUCUCAGCCAAAGAAUACUCUGGGUACCGCAGCAGAUCCUACGAGAGGGAUGACCGCUCCUAUCGAUCUGGCUACAGCCGGGGGCACCACCCAACCAGGCAGUACUCUGAAGAGGAGAGCCCACUCAGUCCCCUGGGGAGAUUCAUGGGCUCCGGGCGAUCAUCAAGCUUAGGCCCCGACCCAUACGACAGUCACAGCAGUAGAUACCAUUACUAUUAUGGCCAAUACGGUUCCAGUCACUCUCUGCCAGAUGUUCAAGACCACAUUCGAGACCUACCCCGGACCCAUGUCUACAAGUCGGAUGAUACAUACUUAAUAGACGAUUAUCAUUGUGCUGUGUCAGACAGUGAAGCCUACCAUCUGGGCCAAGAAGAGACAGACUGGUUUGAGAAGCCACGCUCCAGUUCUCGGCACUACGGCAGCAGCCACUCAUCCGGAAGAAGUCGCCAUGGUGUUAAACACACCUAUCAUGAUUAUGACGAACCUCCUGAAGAGGACCUGUGGCCUCAGGAUGAGUAUGGCCAUGGAGGACGACACACUUCGUCUCGUGACCAUCGGCACCAUGGAAGCACUAGUCGACACGCAUCCUCAUCACGUCAUUCAGAUGAACCGAGGUCUUCCCGGUCAUCUAAGAGCCACCCAAAAGACACGUCUAUACGCCAAGACCCUUCAGGGCGGUCUUCAUCAUCAGGAAGACGUGGAGAUUCAAGGUCCGGAGGCUACCACUCGACAGACUACUCUCGGGAUCCAUCUGGUCACCAUCAUAGCCAGAGAUCCUCUAGGCAAGGGGAUCCACAUCGCUCCUCACGCAGCAAGUCUCAGCAACAAGUGGACAUGCAGGGCCAGGCAGCAGGUACCUCUAGAUCUGCCACCUCCACAAGAGGUCAGGGUCCCGCUGGAUCCGGGCGACAGAGUGGUCAAGUUUCCCAGAAUGACAGUGCUUCAGGACAGAGGACUCAGCUGCAACAGCAAGCCCAGACUUCCACGGUCAGGCCGGGGCAGCAAGGUACACCAACAACCACUGGUGCGUUGCAGCAGCAGCCCCCUGCCCAGGGACAAAACAUGGGGAUGGGGCAGGGCCAGGCCAAGCCUGGGCCAGUGGGAGCAACGAGUGGACCUAUGGGUCAGACCAGGCAGAUGGGUCCAACAGGAACGACGCCUACCCCUAUGGCCAAGAUUGAGACACCCCCAGUGACAGCCAUUGGAGCAAAAGCGGCACCUGUAAUGGCCUCAAAAGGAGCGCAACCUCCACUCACAGGCAUAGGCUCCAAAGCUGCUCCGAGGCCGGGAGGGAUAGGCAGUGCGGCGGCAGGUCAGCCGGGCAUGGAGGGAGACAGCGUCUUGUCCAAGAUCCUGCCAGGAGGAGCCGCUGAGCAAGCUGGAAAACUGGGAGAAGCUAUAUCCGGUUUUGGCAAAAAGUUCACCUCUUUCUUCUAAAGUGCUACGUUUAAGGACUAUGUAAAAACGCAAAGCCAUGAGACCUUGUACCAGAAAAACCUGUGAUGUUCCUCCAUUUUCCAAUUCCCUGAGCAAGAUACAGAAGAAGAGAGAGAGAGAGGCCAGAGAGGACAACCAAGCAUCUUGAUCAUUUGAAGCGAUCAUCGGACUACAUCUGCAAUGAGAAGUGAUACACAACUACACCUGUAUGCAGACGACACCGUCGCUGGCUGCUUUUUGCUUGUCAGCAGCGUAGAGGAAUAGGUUUGAAUGCUUGUGAACAAUUGAGGAAUAACAAAGCGGCUUCUCUCUUCUAUUCUUUCUAUUCCGAGGAAAUUUGAAGAGCAAGGAACGUUGGAUAAUAAUUGUACUGUAACAGUUUUUCUGGUACCGAAGACCUCUUGUUUCUUCACCUGUCAAAUUCAAGGGAAUGCAUCACGUGGAACAAACAAGACAACAACGAUGUCACUGGGCGUUUCUUUCUACAUUCCAGAUUAUGCCUCCUCACUUUCCUGAAUGCCGAUUCUGUUUUCUAAUUCCCCAACAUUCCUCAGUUUGUCUUUGAUGAAGUAUAACAUUAGAGACGGAGAAAGAUAAUAUCAACAACAUGUAGAACUUUGGAAUGCAUGGAACUUUAUAUCACAAGACCUUUACACUGUUCAUCAUCAUCUCUAAACAGGCCAUAAAGACAUGGCAAAAUUGGAGCUGGAUAACACAAAUGGUAAUGAGGGAAGAAGCGACAAAAGGAAGUGGUAGUUUGUUGUAUGUAAAAAAAUAUAUACUGUAUGUUGGUAUUACAAGGGAGCCUAAAUGUGGUGUGGUUGUUGUUCAGUCAUUACAAACUUAAAUUCUAUCCCAGCUGUGAUCAAUUUCCCAUUUGUUUUUUUA